AUGGAACGUGAACGUGACAGGGCCUCCAGUUCUAUAAAUUGCCCGCCUUUGUUUGAUGGUGAAGACUAUUCACAAUGGAAGAUUAUGAUGAGGGCUUUUCUCUACUCUCAAGAUAAAAACAUGUGGAAUGUUGUUGAAAGUGGAUGGGAACACCCAACCAAGUCGGAGGAGUCAAAGAAAGUGGAAGGGUCAUUUGCAAGAAUUCUUAAACCUAGAAAGGAAUGGACAGAAGAGGAAGUUCGUAACAGAAAUUGUGAUUUUAAGGCUAGAAAUUCACUAUUCACAGCCUUGUCCAAAAAGGAGAGAAUGAGAAUUAGCCAUUGUGACACAGCCAAAGAAGCUUGGGAUUUGCUUCAAGUCACGUAUGAAGGAAACAAGAAGGUUAGAGGUCAGAAGCUUCAAAGACUUGUAUUAGAAUUUGAAAACAUGACCAUGGAGGAAGAUGAAUCGGUUGAUGACUUUCAUGCUCGACUUCUCAAUGUUACUAGCCAAUGCCGCAGCCUUGAUGAUCCAUUUGAGGAGCACCGAAUUGUCAAGAAGUUUCUCGGGGCUCUUCCCUCAAAAUUCCAAGCCAAGCAGAUUGCCAUUGAGGAAGCUCAAGACCUUGACACUUACACUUUAGAUGAAUUGGUAGGAAAUCUCAAAACUUUUGAGAUGCGACUCAAGCCUGAAAAGAAGGGAAAGUCCAAGUCUCAAGACUGGAACAAGGAGCAUGAGGAGCUUAUUAACAAAAUAAAGGAAGAAUUAUUGAGGGUCAAGGAGAGCUUUAACAAAUUCUCUAUAGGGUCUGAAAAGGUCUCUAAGAUGAUGGGAAUUGGCAAAGCCUAUGGUAAUAAGGAAGGAUUAGGAUAUAAUGGUGAGUCGUGCAAACCUUUGAUUUUUGUAAAAAGUGUGGAAAGUGAGAGCUCAUCAAGCAAUUCACAAAGCUCUAGUGACAAACCAUCUGGCUCCAAGUUGGUAGAACGAACAGAACCUCAUAGAGUCAUUCAUUCACAUCAGAAAAAUCUUUCGGUAAGUUCUGACAAGCACACAAAUUUGCGUCAGCCUAGGUAUGUUCCCAACCCCAAAAAUUUCAUUCUUACUUGUCAUUAUUGUGGAAAAUUAGGACAUAUACGUCCUAGGUGCAACAUGCUUCGUAGGGUCACUCAAAAUCAGAGAAGAACAUUGAGAUUUAAUUCACCUGCCUCGCUGCAAGCUGAGUUGAAAGAAGGUCUGAACCUGAUAGCCAUGAUUGCAAAGCUGGCUUCAAUCCCCGUGGAUCUGGAAACGAAAACAAAACAGACUUGGGUUAAGAAAGGACCCAAAUGCUUCUCAACUAAGAUUGAUAAUUUUGACAUAUCUUCUGAAUGUAUUGAUGCAACGUGUUUGCUCUCAUCUUACAGUUCCAACAAUGAGUUUGAACAUGUGGAAGCCACUUGUCUUGUGGCCUUGACUGCACUUGCAGAUAAGAAAAGUGAUGUUUGGUACGUUGAUAACGGUUGCUCAAGACACAUGACCGGUGAAAAGAGUUGGUUUGUGUCCUUUUCCAGUGAGUUUACAAGUGGAUCAGUCACUUUUGGAGAUGGAAAAAAGGCAACGGUAACGGGUAAGGGAACUGUAAAUACUCCAGGUAUUCCUAAUCUCCAAAAUGUCUUGUUUGUUGAAGGACUUCAUGCAAAUCUCAUAAGUGUUAGUCAAUUAGCUGAUGAUUAUGAGGAUGUAAAUUUCAAUAAAACAAGAUGUAUUGUUACUGAUAAUAAUGGCAAAAAUAUUAUGGGUGGUUUGCGCUCUAAAGAUAACUGUUAUCAUGUACAUGCUAAUAAAUCUGUUGAAGUACAGACAUGUUUGAAAGCCAAGACAUCAGAUGAUGUUCUUGAACUCUGGCAUAGGCGUCUGGGGCAUGUAAAUUUUCAAGACUUGCUGAAACUUUCACACAAGGAAAGUGUAAGAGGUAUGCCUUCUCUGAGUGGCAAGCCAGACAAGAUGUGUGAUGGUUGCAAGGCAGAGAGAAGAGUGAUACUUUUGAAAGCUUGUGAUACUUUUGAAAGCUUGAAGGGAUUGUGCAAAAGAAUAACAAAUGAAAAACAUUCUACAAACUUGUGCAUUGUUAGAGUUAGGACUGACAAUGGAACUGAAUUUAAGAAUGCUUUGUUUGCUAAUUUUUUCCUUGAGCAUGGAAUUGCGCAUGAGUUUUCAGCUCCAAUUACCCCACAACAGAAUGGUGUAGUUGAAAGAAAGAACAGGGUAUUGCUAGAUAUGGGAAGAGUGAUGCUACAUUCAGCUGGACUUACUCCAAAGCUUUGGGCCGAAGCAAUUAGCACUGCUUGCUAUACUGCAAACCGUGCAUUCUUGAGACCAGGUACUAACAAAACUCCAUAUGAGCUAUGGAAAGGUAAGAAACCCAAUGUAAGUCAUCUUCGUGUUUUUGGCUCUCCUUGCUAUAUUUAUAGAGAUAGAGAAUAUCUUGGAAAAUUUGAUGCUAGGAGCGAUAAAGGCAUAUUUCUUGGUUAUUCUUUAGAUAGUAGAGCUUACAGGGUGUACAACAAGUGA